AGAGAGAGAGAGAGAGAGCGACAGUGGAAAUCGGACGGGCACGCAAAUAGAGAGAGAGAGAGAGAGAGAGAGAGAGAGAGGGUUCGUUAGUUUCUGGCUGCUACUGUAGAAGCAACAGCAGGGGAGUGGCAAAUUGGUUAAUUGAUGAGUGAAAGAGGGCCAGCAGCGACGCCGGCGGGAAUGGUGGUGACGGAGCAGCAGCUUGCGGAGGCCUUGGAGUCUCUCCUCGGCGAGACCAACGCCUUCGCCUCCCUCAACGGCGUUGUUCAGCAGCUGGAGUCCAAUUUCGGUGUCAAUUUGAGCCACAAAAUUGACUUCAUCCGCAGCCAUAUCCACCAUUUCCUCCUCCGUCAGUCCCAGUCCCACAAUUUCAUGCUCCUGCAGAAGGACCAUUUUACCCUCCCCCAAAACCCCAAUUUCCACCCCGCUCCCUCCUCGCAUUUGCCUCCGAGUUUGGCCGGGCAUCAUCCUGCGGAAGGUUACGGCUUCUGCCUAACCUCCUCACCUCAGCCACAGUCCUCGCAGCCUCCGCCGGCGCCGGUGGUGACCAGACCUAAUGUCACUGCGGCCAGCGUCUCUGCCAAGGAGAGCGCUCCAACGGGGAAAAAAAGAAGAGGUGGUCCAGGAGGCCUAAACAAACUGUGUGGUGUUUCUCCUGUACUUCAAACCAUUGUUGGCCAGCCAACCCUGCCUAGAACUGAGAUUGUGAAGCAGUUGUGGGCUUACAUAAGGAAAAACAACCUUCAAGACCCAAACAAUAAAAGGAAGAUAAUUUGCAAUGAUGAGCUCCGCCUGGUAUUUGAGACUGAUUGUACUGACAUGUUCAAGAUGAAUAAGUUGCUAGCUAAACAUAUAACUGCUCUUGAGCCCACGAAACAGACAACUCAAAACAAAAAGAAACUGAAGGUUGAUGUUGAAUCUGAGAAAAACACUGACGACCCUGUUCCAAUUGUGAUAAUAUCUGAAGCACUUGCCAAUUUCUUUGGAACUGAUGAGAGGGAGAUGUCACAAGCAGAAGUGUUAAGGCAGAUGUGGGAGUACAUAAAGGUUCACCAACUUGAGGAUCCUUUAAAUUCAACGACCAUCCUGUGUAAUGCAAAACUACAAGAGCUUCUUGGGUGUGAAAGCAUUUCAGCAUUGGGGAUACCUGAGAUGUUGGCACAACACCAUUUAUUCAAAAAAUCAUGAAGAUACACUGACUGGGUUAAAAGCAUACUGUGAGCCAUUGGUUGCUAGGUUCUUUGUCACUUCAAACAGAGAAUAGUCUUCAGAUGGAUGGCUACUGAAUUACGAGCUGAUGUUUGUGAUGUUAUCCUCACCGUUUAUCCUGUGGAAGAGAGGUUCAACAAAUAUGCUAUUUUUACAUGUUUUUCUCUUGAUGCUUUCAAUUUAGUACGUCAACAGCCUUUGUUCACUGGUAACUGGUAAGGCAAGACGACCGUGAACCUUGCUGUUUAGCUCAUUUCCGACUUCUCCUGCUUGAAAGACGGUAACAACCACCACUGAGAGAACCCUUUUUGCUUUGAUAUCACUUCAUUACUCUUCUUUUUUCAUUGCUUAUUCUGAAAAGUUGAAGUUUCUAAUACGCUCACUGCUUAGAAUGGUGAUCCUCUAUCGUCUGAUCGCUGUAUUCCAACGGACUGAUCAAUGUUGGCAACCACCGAAACUGGGGUUUCACGUGCCCACCUGGAAAUAUUCUCUUAACAUCACGGGCUCCAAUAAGGGUGAAUUUAUAUAUCACGAAACCUGCCUUAAAGGUAAAAGUAAAGGGGCAAAAGUCCAAGAUCAUUUGCCUAAUUGCCUAGCUGGGUCCUGGGCUCACAUGAAGAGAUUGUACCAAACUUGUCUGAUUCUCAAACAGAUUCUCCACACA